UCAGCGACGCUGGACCGGAAGAGUUGCAGAGGAAAAGAAACACAAAAUGGCAUCGGGUUUGGAUCACGGGCUGAAAAAAAGUGUUUGGAAAAGAAUAAAAGAAACCAUAAUUGAAGACUGCAGAAAGUCAGAAGUAUGGAAGAUUUUGAUCUUGGACCCAUUCACCACCAAACUUCUGUCAUCAUGCUGCAAAAUGUCCGAUCUGAUGGCAGAGAAAAUCACGAUUGUGGAGGAUUUGUACAAAAUCCGAGAGCCUGUUUUAGAAAUGAAGGCCAUCUACUUCAUGACCCCAACAUCUAAGUGUGUGGAGGCCCUCGUUCGAGACUUCAAGCCCAAACCUAAAUAUAAAUCAGCGUAUGUUUAUUUCACCAAUUACUGUCCCGAUGACCUCUUCAACAACAUGAAGCUUUCAUGUGGAAAGUAUAUCCGAGUCUGUAAGGAACUCCACAUCUCCUUCAUGCCUCAAGAAGCACAAGUGUUCACAUGUGAUUACCCCGGAGCUUUCCAGAGUAUCUACAGCCCUCACAGCCAGGACAAAAAGAAGACACUGGAGACGCUGGCCGAUCAACUGGUGACUCUUUGUGAUACCCUGGACGAGUACCCAGGGGUCAGAUACAAAAAGGACAGCAACAUGGAGAACGCAAAGACGCUUGCUGAGCUGGUAGACAACAAACUGGCCCAACAUUACGAGCUGGACGAGAGUGGGAAGAAAAAGGGGAAGACUCAGGCCCAGCUGCUGAUCAUGGAGCGAGGGUUUGAUCCUGUCAGUCCCAUUUUACAUGAGCUCACAUACCAGGCCAUGGCCUACGACCUCGUGGACAUCAAUGAAGACACGUACAAGUAUAAGGCUAAAGACGGAGCAGAGAAACAGGCUCUGCUCAAUGAGGACGACAUGCUGUGGGUCAAACUCCGGCACAAACACAUUGCAGAAGUCACUGAACAAAUUCCAAAGAUGGUGAAAGAAAUAUCUGCCAGCAAGAGGCAGCCUGAUGCAAAGAUUACAAUCAGUAAUCUUUCCCAAAUGAUGAAGAAGAUGCCUGCAUUCCGUAAACAGAUCACAGAGAAAACAGUCCAUCUACAGUUGGCUGAGGACUGCAUGAAGCACUUUUCAAACAACGUGGAGAAACUGUGUAAAGCUGAACAGGACCUGGCUGUGGGCUCUGAUGUGGAGGGGGUCAAAGUGAAGGACCCCAUGAGGACGCUGCUCCCUGUGUUACUGCAUCCGUACAGUAUCCCGGACAAGAUCAGAGCCGUGCUGCUGUACAUCUUCAGUGUUAAUGGAACAACAGAAGAAAACUUGAAUAAACUCAUCCAACAUGUGAAGAUCGAAGACCAAAAGGAAUUUAUCCUGAACUGGAAAGAGCUGGGAGUUCCCAUUAUUACAUCGCCAAGUUUCUUCUCCCGAAAACCUUCACGGAGAGACCGAUCUCAGGGGGAAACCUACAACCUGUCAAGAUGGACGCCGGUCAUUAAAGACAUCAUGGAAGAUGCAGUGGAGAACAAACUGGACACCAGAGAGUGGCCUCAUCAGUCUGAGUGUCCGGCCGCGUGGAACGGCUCUGGAGCGGUCAGCGCCCGUCAGAAGCACAAGCCCAGCUCCCAGGACGAGCGGAGGGGCGCCAGGUUGAUCAUCUUUAUCAUCGGAGGGGUCACGCACUCUGAGAUGCGCUGUGCCUACGAGGUCACCCAGGCAGUCAAGUCCUGUGAAGUCAUCGUUGGUUCAUCUCAUAUUCUGACCCCGACCAGCCUCCUCAAUGACAUCAAGGCUCUGAGCAAAGGGCCUAUGGAGACUUUUACUAUCGACGAGCGCAGCAACGCCUGAAAAAACAUGAAGCACCUGAACGCAUCCCCAAUGUCCAGUUACUGUUCGUCUCUGCACACUGCACUGUUGGGAAUCAAAGGGUGUGUUCAUACUUAGUCCUGUUUUGAGCCCAGUUUAGUCUUGAUGUUGGACUUGGUUUGAUUCUGUUCUAGUCCUUAUACAUUUGGUUCAUGUUAGAGAUACACGGAUAUAUUGGUUGGACAAUAUAUGGACUUUUUAGCGUAUUUAGCCUUAAAUGUCCAUUUUAGGUCUAUAUUUUGUUGUGGUCAAUCUGCAACCUAAUAAAUAUACACAGAGCUUUAUAUCAACACUUUAAUACAAAGAGACAGCUGCACAAAACGUGACUACACAGGCCUCUUACAGGUUUGUGGUAAAAAAAGAAAAGUUUGGGUGACUUUGUAGUAAAUUUAGAUUGUACAAUUUGGGGAAAACAAUCGAAAUCAGCCCUACAUAUCAGUCCAAAAAAUAACAGCAGAGAUUAUCGGUCAUUGUUUCAUCGUUUUAUCAGUAUUGGCAUCGCCUAUGAAAAAAACAGAACCUGUGGAGCUCCUGUUACCUGAUAUCUUAACAUGCAACAUCCUUAACAAAUCCCUAUACUUUAAACAGAUGGAGGACAGGUUAGAACUCUAUGGUAGAAUUUCCUGUGAAACUGUCAGAUUGCAGAUUUGUUGACCUGGUUUAUGGUUAAUAUCUGUAGUUACUGGGCCUAUCCACUUGAAACAAAAACUGGCGCUAAGAUUAGCGUCUCUUCAGUCUAAAUAACAAUUUAUUUUUUUUGCACAAUAGCCUCAGAAAGUGGUGCCAUUAAUCAACUCUGAAGGUGUGAUUUUUGUCAGUUGAAAGAUUAUUAAAACAUGAGAUUAAUAUGGAAGGUUCAACAUUUGUGAAUCAUAAAUUUGGAUAUUUAUUUAAAAAAACAGUGAAUUUCCCAUAGAGUUUUAUACGCCCUUACCCACCGUCUGAGAUUAUGACUGAAUUAUAGAACCUGAACACAGUUUAUUUAGUCAGGGUUUAAUCCAGAUUUAGACCCAAGUUUAGGAAGUGUGAACACACCCACAGACAUAAGGGAAUCCACUUAAAAAUCAUAUUUAUAUUGUGUGUAAUUAUAAUUUUAACCUUCUUUACAGUCCUUUUUAUGAGGGAAGGUUGCUUCAAUCUGGCUUUUAAAGUUUAUUUGCCGAAUGAACAAAAAAUGAUUUACACAUUUAUACGAAUAACUAGUUUGUAGGCUUUUUUCACUGUCUUUAAUUUACCCGGGAGACCUUAUGAUGUCAUUGCCUUACGUGUUUGCCUUUAUAAUAGCUAUUACCUGUGUUAAAUGUAUGAGAUUAAAUAAGUCUGGCUAUUGUAUAUAACCCUGAAUAGCACUGCUACAGCCAGAGGUUUUGGUUAUUACUGUUUGACCACAAUGUGUAAUUUUGAAAUGUUUUAACAGAGAUUAUUGACCCUUUUUAAAUGUUGAAUUGCUGACUAAUAAAGAAUGAAGUGAUUCAAA